GGUCAGUGUUUGUGAUAGCGGUAACCCUGUUGAAUAAACUCUUUCAAAAGCACUUUAUCAAUCAAGAAAGAUAUCGAUGUAAACUUAAAACAAACCGCGGGUUCAAAAAUGAUAUAUAAAAUGAAGCGACUAAAGUAAACAUUUAAACAUUGUAUACUAAAACCGACGGCUAUGGUAUGCAACAGUAUCCUAUUUUGCUCUAAAAUUCGUUAAAAAGUUAGAAACCAUAUUCGAAUAGCAAACAUCGCUUCUCCGUUUUCGACAUAUCCAUUAUAACUGCUGAGGACAAUCAUUCACCUUAAACGGACCAAUGAGCAAAGUGUAUUGAUCGUAAGCACCGCCUACUUUCACAUUUCAAUUAACAUAGUGUAGACAGUCGCACGUUGUGUGUAUGAUUGAAUGAAAUACACAAUUUUGCAAUUUCCUUUGUUUUCUGCUACAAAUUGGAUCUGAACAAAGUACAGCUUUUAAGCGGAGAAUAGAGAGUACAUGAUUGUUUCCAUUGGCAACAGAACACAAACAAAAAGAGAAAUUGAAAUAGUGUUCACCAUAUUGAUCCUGCAGAAAAAACGUUUCAGCAAAAACAGUCGGGAUUUCUUUUUGAAUCGGAAUAAUUGCAAUAGCUUGAAAUUAACAAAGGACGUUGUGUCGAAUUAAGAUCUGUGAUGCGUACAGCUGUGGUCGCUCUUGGUGUUCCCUUCCCACAUGAAGAGUGAGGAAUCUAGAGUGAUAUUUGAAGGAAAUGUUUUUUGUCGAUAUACGUACUGGAAAAUGAUACGUCUGGUGGCAUUUAAAGAUAUUUAUGAGUGAAAAACCUCAUGUAAGUGAUAUUAUAUAUGGGUGUUUUUUUUUCACAAAAAGAGGUAUCAGGUGUAAUAUAGCUUUCCAUGUUGGAUGAACAUUCAAUGAUAAUAAUUGAAAAUAAUAGGAAUUAUACUCAGUAAAAAACAGUGAACAGAAUUUCUGAAAUGUUUAUCAUUUAGAGAAAUACAGAAUUGGUGAUCAUUUUAGGAUAAUUGAAGCAUUGGGAAAUGGGAUUGUGGAUUUGUUGAUUCCCUCAUCAUGAUAAAUAAGUAUCAAAUUAUGAAAGAAACAUCGUAAACUGCGAUAGCGAGAAGUCUAAAUGGAGUAAAUGCUGAUGUAUUAAAAGUUUGUUUGACAUUUUAAUUAUAAAAGUUUUCACUCGAUCAACAGUGUGUGAGAAGGGUGGGAAGAAAACGGAGAUUUUAAAGAUAUUUUUGGAGAUAAUUAUAUGUGUAGCAGUGAAAUUACUUCUAUUUCUGUAUCGUUAAAUGCUUUUCUGCUGCAGUGAACUAUGUGUGAUAUUGAUGUAUUGGUCCAGAUCAGUUGGGAGCUUGCUUAGUCAUUCCAUCUUCAUUCAUUCAGUUUAAUGAAGUGCGGAGGAACAUAUCGAUUAAACCAGUGACAUACCAAAAUACAUCUUUCGCUCAAUUAUUUAAGAAGUUUCGGUAUAUCAAGUUUAAGUGCAUCGUUAUCGCAAACCUGUAACUGUUUAGUUAUUCAUGCAAAGGGAUUAUCUGUAUUUAUUGAUUGUUGUUUAUUUCGGAAAGAUCAAUGGGUCGGGGAAGUAUUUUGGAAAUGAAUAGCGUAAAAAAUCAUUAUGAAGAUAGACAAGAAUUGUUUAGCGGAUUCAAUUCGGAAGAAAUUUAGCUGUCAGUUUGGAAUGAUGAGAAAAUUAGUUUUCAUAUUCUCGUAAAUUACUCUUGAGCAAACAGAGAAAAUAAUUGAAAAAAUGAGUCAUUGUUUAUUGAAAGAGAAGCGAUUCUAUUGUAGAGAAUGGGCGUUCAGCAAAGUUAACCACUGUCUGGAAAAUAGGCCGACAGCAAAAACAUGUGGGGCCCUCAUAAUGGGAGGGCCCGGAUGCGGCAAGACGGCUCUCUGCUGCGAACUUGUCUGGCCUACAAAUGCAGACGGCAAACAGAUUCUUUUAAACAGACGACUUUUGGCAUAUCACUUCUGCCAGGCACACGAUGUGGAAACAUUGUCAAUGACAGCCUUUAUAAGGAACUUAGUUAAACAAUUGAUUUGUUCAGAUUUGAUUGCUGGGUACUCGGAACUUGUGAAAGCCCCAGAUGUUCAAAAAUUGCUGAGUUCUAGCGAAUGUGACACAAGCUGUGAUGAGGUUUUCAAACGUGCAAUAGUUAAUCCUUUGUCUGCAAUCAAACCCCCAGAGAAAACGUUAUUCAUUUUGGUGGACUCUAUAGACGAGUCUUACCUACAUUCUGUUAACGAAAGAGAAGAGGGGAGCAAAACAAUCGCAGAAAUGAUCGCCAAACACCACACAUUAAUUCCAAACUGGUUACUUCUUGUCUGCUCGUCACGCAAACAGAAUAAAGCUAUAACUCGAAUGUUCACUGGAUUCCGAAAAAUAAGUCUUGAUGACCUUCGGAAGUCGCACGUGGUUCGAGAUGUGCAGCAGUAUAUUUUGAGUCGGCUUGACCGCGAGGAAGAAUUACGACAACAUUUGAGUCGUGAAACUGCUGAAAUGUUAAAUCAAUUACAUAUAAAAAGUAAUGGAUGUUUUCUGUACCUAGAAAAAGUAUUAGAUGGUGUGGCUGAAAAUUUUGUUAUGCUGCGCGAAAUUAGAGAAAUUCCGGGAACUCUGAAUGGUCUUUAUUUAUGGUUGUGCCAGAGGUUAUUCAUUAAAAAACAGUUCUCCAAAGUGAAAGCUAUCCUUGAAGUGAUAUUAGCGACAAGAAAACCACUAACUAAUUUAGAACUGUAUGGCUGUGCUCAAAUUAAAAACACAUUGCUCUCCAAAGAGGAAUUCGAAAAACACAUGAAAUUACUUUCCAAAAUUUUAAUUACAAGUGCAGACGGCUGUAGAAUAUUAUUUCACCACAGUUUCGCUGAAUGGUUAUUAGACGUUAAACAUUGCACACAGAAAUAUCUGUGUAAUGCAUCAGAAGGCCAUGGUAUGUUGUGUCUUUACGCCACAUUACAUGCGUCACGGCUUACGCCAGCUGAAGUUCAGGAUUUUGCAUCGCACCUUGUGAGAAGCAGCUUUCAUUCAACAAUAGAUCAUAACCACUUAGUUCAGUGGUUGCUAAUUUCUGGAGCAGAUGUGGAAAAAUGUCUGAAUGCUGGAAUACCAAAGGAACAGAAAGUGUUGAAAUUAUUGUUGGAUGCUGGGGCUGAAAUGCCAUGCGAGGAGGAAAGUGAUGCUGCCAGCAUGAAAGAGAGCCUUACGAUUGAGUCCCAGAUAGAAUCUCCGAAACUUAGUGAUAGAGAUAUAGACGAGCGAAUCGAUCAUGUUGAUGCAAAUGGACGUACACUGUUACACACCUCUUCGUACCAGGGUAACUUACAUUUAGUGCAAUUAUUGUUGUUGAAAGGUGCAAACAUAGAGACAUUAGAUAAAUCUCGACAGACACCAUUAAAUCUAGCGGGAAAACAGGGCUUUGCUGAGGUUGUUUCUGCCUUGGUUGAAGUUGGUGCUAAUGUUGACAAUGCUGAUGAAGACGGGUGGACGGCCCUUAGAUCAGCAGCUUGGGGUGGACACACAGAGGUGGUAUCUGUUUUAUUGUCUGCAGGUGCCUCGGUGGACAACGCUGACAUUGAUCAAAGAACAGCGCUCCGUGCUGCAGCAUGGGGCGGCCAUGAGGAAAUCGUGGUAAAACUGUUAGAAAGUGGUGCUGAUGUAAACAAGGCUGAUAAUGAAGGCAGAACUGCACUUAUCGCAGCAGCGUACAUGGGUCACACAGAAAUUGUGGAACACUUACUGGAUUAUAAUGCAAACAUUGACCAUGAGGACUGUGAUGGUAGAACUGCUCUGUCUGUCGCUGCUUUGUGUAUUCCAGCAAGCAAAGGACAUGAAAAUGUUGUUAGUUUGCUUUUAGAGCGCGGGGCGGAGGUUAACCAUCAAGACAAAGAUGGAAUGACCCCUCUUCUUGUCGCUGCCUAUGAAGGACACCAGGAAGUGUGUGAAAUGCUGCUUGAAUGGGAUGCAGACGUUGAUCAUAGUGAUAAAAACGGCAGAACUCCGUUGCUUGCGGCUGCCUCUAUGGGACACGAGAAAAUUGUCACGCAGCUUUUGUUCUGGGGUUCAGCAGUUGAUACGAUAGAUUCUGAGGGUAGAACUGUUCUCAGUAUUGCGUCUGCUCAGGGGAAUUUGGCAAUAGUUCAGCAGCUUUUGGAUAGAGGCCUUGACGAGAUGCACCGAGACAAUUCUGGCAUGACACCACUGCAUAUGGCAGCUUACGAGGGCCACAAAGAGGUAAUUAGUGUGCUUGAUUGACUGCUUACUUUCUAA